AUGGGCAGAGGGGACGGAGCGCGGAUUGUGACGGCGGUCGCUAUCUCUGCGUUGGCGGUCGCCGUGAUCUGGUGGCGGAGGAGGCGGGAGUGGAGGCGGAGUGAGGAGGAGCGGAUGGCGGAAGCGGAAGCAGAGGCGGAGGCUGCUGGGCCCUCUGCUGCGAGCUUGUGCUAUUUGGAGUUGGAGAAGAAGCCGCAGAACAGAUUCAAGCGAGUGCUGACAGACAAUUCCUACAACGGCUUCCAGCAUUUGAAGCGUGAAGGGGGAGUCGGAGGUAGUCUCAUCCUCUCCAUUCCUCCGCCUUUUGAAGGCGUUGGACCAAUUCGAGGUGUUUUGUCCCUUCAUUUCCUGGAGUGGAGACGUAAAAAAUAAUAAUAAUAAUAAUAAAUCUUCUGACGAAAUGUUCAUAGAGUCGUCCUGCUGAUCGAGAGAUCGAAACAUACUUUCUGAUGAAAUGAUAAUGAAACGAAGUUUUACCACAUGCUUUCAAAUGACAUGAACAUGGCCUGUGCUCAUUCCUUAGUGCUGGGAGGGGACAUAUACUAUUUCAUCUCUUAAGCAUCUUGUUACGAGCCAUACCUUCCAGCUCACGAAAAGCCGAAAGCUGGAAGUUAUUCAUAGCGUCAUGGAAUAGAAAAUGAUGCAAUGGGGUUGUGCGAAACAUUAUCAUGGAUCGUCCUUCUCGAUUUGGAGGUUCAUCGUCCACGAUGGAAGAGUAUGAAAAAGGGCAAUCAUUGUGAUGCGGGUCUGGUUCACUUGGGUGCUUGCAUGUUUCUUGGAGCCUCUUGCGUGAUCCUUUAGAAGCAGGUUAGAAGAAAAUAUAAUUAGAUGGGCGCACAUGACGGUUAUAGAGUUGUUUAAAGGUGUUUUUUAAUAGAUGAAUGAUUGAUGUCUUCCAAAAACUCGGCAAAUAUUUUUGAUGUUCGCACUUCAUGUGUUCAUGGAACAUGAUAUUUCAAAGAAAUAGACUCAACCCUCUAUGUAUGGUAAUUACUGAAGAUCCUGUUUUAUGUGAUAAAAAUUACUGAAAUAACUUUUAUUUCAAAGCCCAAGAAUGGCUCCACUCCAUCUCUUUCCUUUCCAGCUAAAUCCUGUCCCAUCAUACUCUGUGGACUCAAGAAACUAUUCAACUUAUUCCUCUCUUCACUGUCUGGUGUCAUUACUGUUCAAUCAUCUCGUCUCUGUCAAACUUAUUUCAAAAUUCUUGAUUAUUUCUUCUAGAUUUAACCUGGACUUGACACCUAGUAUCACAGAUGCCUGAAGCUCAAAUGUGUUUAUUAUUGUCACCCAGUGUAAUAGACACUUAAGCUCAAAUGGGUUUAUCGCUCUUACCUAGUGUUAGGGACACUAUAAUCUCAAAUGGGUCAUCAUUGUGCCUAGUCGCAAACACUUGAAUUAUCAUCCUUGCCUAGUCAUAAACACUUGAAACUCAGAUGGGUUUAUCAUUGUUGCCAAGCUGCAGUCAUUUGAUGCUCAAAUGUGUUAACAAGGAACCGGUAAUUUGAUUUCACCAGUUAGAUUCCAUUUUUAUUGCCUUUGCUGUGCAAUAACGGGGAAACUAAAGUUCAGCGGUGGGGGGCUUUUUUGUUGUUCAUUACGGUAAAAUUGAAUUGAAGAUUACUCAUCUGUGCAGAGCUUUGCAUUAUUAAAUUGAAACCAUCUUCUCUCAUCCAUAUUCGUUUUAUUGCUUGCUCCAUGAGUUUUCCUUAUUCAUUCAUAAUGUUGUCUAGCCAUCGGUUGCAUUGAUUUCUCUUGGUCUGAACGCAUGAAACCAUAAAAAUAAGAUCUGUAUAAACUGAAUCAAAAUUUUUACACUCUGUACUGAUUAGCUCUUUGCAGAGUCACACACGAGUUACUUGAAUGAGAGAAUUGAAUUCAUUAACACUUUUGUUGACCUUCAAAUGCAGUUUUAUUAUCCAAGUCUGUAACUCCAUUUUCUAAACUGUUGCUUGCUUCUCAGAAGUCUCCAUGAAAGAGCAUCCAUUUGAAGAUAAAAUUACAUAUUUAUUGGAUCAUCCUCCUAAUCUUCCAAGGUUUACCAAUAGAAAUGAACACAGACAUCUCAGUCCUUCCUAUGUUUGGGUAUCGACUGAGGAUCAGUUAGAAUCCCUUGCAGAAAUCUUGAAGAAAGAACAGGCUUUUGCUGUUGAUACAGAACAGCAUAGUCUCCGCUCAUUUCUUGGGUUUACUGCACUUAUGCAGGUCAGUCCUAAAUUGGUCGCAAUAAAAUUCUUAUAUCUUUACCUUUCUUAAUAGAUGCUUUGGAAAGCUAAUAAUAUAUAUUUCUCCUUUUAUGUAUUGACUAUUUUGGACUGAGAAUUUUGUGUAUUCCAUCAGAUAUCUACUCAGGAGCAUGAUUUUCUACUGGAUACAAUUGCACUACAUGAUGUAAUGGGCAUUCUACGGCCUAUCUUUGGUAGCUAUUCUAUUUGCAAGGUGACCAUCUUUCUGUUGUUUUUGAUUGCUCUAAGUUUCUUCUAUGUUUUGACCUGCAAUAUGUAUGUAUUUAAUUUAAUGGAUGCAUGUUCAGUGAUGGUAGAUUCAGCUGAUUGGCAUGCAGUACAAGUUAGAUACCUGAUCAUCUAGUAGUCUUGUUUGUGGCAUUGAAGUCGAAAAGGAAAAUAAUAGCCAUCAUAUCUUUCCUUGGGUAUGUUUGUGAACUUAAUUGUGCUGCAACAUGAGUUGUUGGGCAUUUAGAAACACUUACCUGGAUGAUUCUGAUUUUGAUAAAUCUGAUUUGGAAAGAUGGAUGAAAGAUGAGCGAUUUUUCGAUGUUUGUGUUGGGUUUUAAGAAUCUUGGUUGGUAAAUGGAGAAUCAGCUAUGCAUGUAGUCUCUUGCAUCUUUAUCCUCCCUUUAUCUUUGGGUGCUUCUACACAUGAAUGCAGGGGGUGUUUAUCUGCAGGUCUGCCCUUCUUUGGAGUGAUUCUCUUCCAAUAAUUAUAUACCCUGUGUUCUUCAACUACCCUCCAAUGUUUAUCUUCAGCUGUAGGUCAGGUUACAGCUUGCUGUCACUCUUCCUCUUCCCACUAUUUAUAUUAUUUACGCUUCUGUUACAUCCCAUACCUUGACUUUCACUGCCGGUCCUCCACAUUCAUUUCACCACUUCCACUCUGUUACCCGUGAAUGCAGGUGUUUAUCUUCAGGUCUGCCUUUCUUUUGAGUGAUUCUCUUCCAAUAAUUGUAUACCCUGUGUUUUUCAACUACCUCCAUUCUUUCUCUUCAGCUGUAGGUCAGGCUACAGCUUGUUGUCACUCUUCCUCUUCCUGCUACUUAUAUAAUUUACGUUUCUGUUGCAUCCCAUACUUUGGCUUUCGCUGCCUGUCUUCCAUAUUCAUUUCACCACUUCCACUCUCUUACCCUCUCUUUGGCCAUUGCUCCUGGUCUCUACUACGUGUGGUUAGCACUGGCUGUUUUCCCAUUAUUAUAUAGUUGGGGCUUGAGCAUCUAUGCUUUGUGUAUUUAUGCCAUCCUAUGCGACAUUAUGUCAAAAAGAGGCAUCAUUAUGGUUUCUCCCUUCUUUUUCUAUCCGUCUAAACUAUGUCCCUAUGCUCCUCAUUGCAACGGAUGGCAGUUUUCUUUAUUUGAUGCAUCUUCUGAAUGGCAUACUUAGCCCGGAAUAAAGAGGCGUUAUACUAAAGUAAGGGCUGAGCUUAGAGGUAUUUAAUCGUCAUAUAUAACCUGGAGAUAGGGCAAUCUGCCGCCAGCUUUGGGAGAUUAGAGGGUAUGAGAAAUGAAUAAGAACAGAUUAUGAGAUUGCUGAAUGUUUUGUAUGGAAAGGGAUGCAGUCAGUGAGGGAGGAAGGGAGAAGGUAAUAAACAAAACGGUGGUUAGGGUUUAAGGGGUUAUACAUCAGGUCAAUUACAGUGAUAAUAUGUGGAUCUGAAACAGAAAUGUUUUUUGAAUCACCUAUGAUGGGUGCUUGAAUUUUAGAAAUGUAUUGUUUAAAACUUGACUGUGUUGGUGUACAUAAAGAAUACAUCUGCAUAUCUGAGAAUACCAAGAACUGGAAUCUGGCUGAGCCCAUUUCCAAACACUAUAAUAAUGAAUUUGGUAUCAUAUUUUGUGUACAAAUUCUUAACCAAUUGUCUGUGAUGUGGAAAUAAAUCCGAUGUUUCAAGAUGUUGUUAGGUUCGACAUGUGUAGAUUUAUGUCUGGCAGUUAAUUUGUACAAAAAAAUGUCAGAAAUUGAUUGUCUGCCAUGCUGAAGUAAACGAAGUAAAACUGUUUAGUCUGGAUGCUCUGAUGAUCAUCAAGCUGGCUUGAACAUUCGUUCAAUGUGCUUGUGGUGGUUCCAAAAUAACAUGUUCAAUUAUUAUGAGUCUUCAUUUCAUUUUUCCUUUGACCAACCUCUGGGUUUGGGCUCGACUGACCUCAAUGGUAGGCUGCUUUCUCUAUGAUUGACAUUGUUACGUUAUGUAGUUGGACUUCUUUUGGACACCAAAAUACUUUGGAAAGGAUUGCCUAAAGAAUUGUCGAAUCCAAAAAGUUAUCCAAAUUCAGAAAAAUAUUAAUUGUCUAUGGAAUUUAAUUUUCUUAAUUGCGCCCAUUAAUUGGCUGAUGUUAUUCUUUUGCGAAACAUAGCUAAUUUUUUCUUUUAACUAUGAAAUAUCUAUACGCAGUUGUCCUUGAAAACAAAUUUAUGAAACAUACAUAUUUUCAAGUUUAUUUUAAUGAAGUUUUGCAUCAAUUUUGAUAUUUACUAGAUAUUUUUUGACAUUCAUUAAACAUGGGUAUUUAUGUAAGCUUUUAGAAUGUUGGGUUUCUUUAUAAUUUAUUGCUGACUAUGAAGCAUUUUCAUGGUUUUUCUGACUUUGGGUCUUUUUACUUUCCAUGAAAUGUGGGGAUAUUUGCUUGUCUUGUCAGUUGUAUACCAUGGUGAGAUGUCUAGGCAUGGUACCUUAGAGCAGUUUUCUUAUAGUCAGUUGUUUUUACUUUUGAAAGUUAACAGAUUAGGAACAUAUCUUUUUUUUAGGUGCUUGUGUUAGGUCUAUAGUUGGUGGGAGCUUUUUGCCGGUUUGAAGAGAUUACACCAUUCUAAUUCAUUGAAAAUUCAUGCCACAGACGAUGUGAAACCAUGGCAGUAGAAGUGGACUAGAACGCAGUUGUUAAUGGGCUAGAAUGAAGCUACCAGGAGACUGGGAUGUCGUGUAUUCUGCUGCUUGUUUAUUCGCCCUGUUGCCCAUUUUUUUCUGUUGUAAGCCUUGUGGAAGCUCCUCUCUGUGGGGUCUCUUCUUCAGUCUUUGUCUCAUCUUCUUCCAAGCCUGUUUAAAUGGAACUGCCAGCAACCCACUGUUUAUAGGGAAAUGGAGAAACCUGCUACUUUUUUUCCAAUAUAAAGCCCAUUGGCUGUGCCAAGCUCAUCUCUACCUGCCCAGGGCCAUCUGUGGGUUUGUUCUUCCUUGGAAGGGAGCCUGUCAUUGGGUUCACCCUAGGGAGAGGUUUCCAUAAGGGCUUGUACUCUUUUGCACUGGUAGCUGGGAGGUGUUUCUCCCGGCGGUAGGUCAGCAGUGUGCUUUUCCCCUUGGUGGCAGAGUGGCUACAGUGUUUAACUUCAGUGGCAGUAGUUGGGAGAAGGUAAAGCGAUUUUUUCCCCUCAAAGAGGGCCAACAAUGAGUUUUUUCCUUAAUGGAGCAUCACUGAGUUGCCCGUUUGAGGGGAGCUUCCUACCUAAGGUGGUUGGACACUGGUAAGCUUUCCCUGUUUGAGGGGGAAGGCUUAUUUUGUUUUUGGCUUUUUCUUGUGAUCAGAACAGAGGAAGAACUGAGAAAAUACAAGUUGACUGUUGUUCUCCUGGGAAAAAUUCAGAAAGGUAGAAGCACUGUGUUGAUCUACGCAGCUGGGAUCAAGUUUGUAUGGUGAUUAGUCCAUGAAAAAAAUCUUAUGAGUAAAAUAUUGGCUGAAGGCAGCUAUGCAAGCUCUUGAAAAGUGUCAUCAUUGUUGAUGAUUGCCCCUGGGUGUUUCAAAUACCCUUGAGUUCUGAGGAAACCUACCACCUUAGCCGACAUUGGAUAUUCUAAUUUCUGAAGAGAAUAUUCUAUCUAUAUCAUGUUAUGACAUGAAAACAGAGAAGAUGGUGCUUGUGAUAAGAUGUGCAGGGACGAGAGUGGACCCUUUCUGGUAUAAAGCCUCCCCUAUUGAAAUAAGUGAGCAUAAAGAUGAUGUGCAGGCAGUAGUGACAUGCAGGGGAGAGUGAGAGUCAUUAUCACAUGUGUUUCUCGAUGGAUAAAAUGUUUGUGGGGCCUCUAAAAAUCUUUGCUGGUAGCCACAAUUGACAAGCAAGAUAUAAUAUGUAUAUAUAUAAUAUGUGUAUGUAUAUGUAUGAAUCACAUUUCUUCUCCUACAAUAGCAACUGGCAAUUGGAAAGACGAUAUUUCUUGGUGGGUUUGGCGAAGCAGACUGCUUUGCUUACACAGUUGGCCCAGAAAUACUGGGACAAAGUUCACACAAUGUCUGAAAUGGAUGGAUGCAAUGAAUAUGGUAUUUUGGUCGAUCAAAACUUAAUUAUUAUAUUUAAUGUCUAUUAAAUGUAUUGUCUUUUAUGUGUUGUAGACCCUUUGAUUACUAUUUGUGUCGUCAGAAUGUUUUUGCUACUAUAGUGCUUUAACUUGAUUUAAGUUUCAUAUAUAGAUAUAUUUUUUAUUGUUUAUUUUGAAACUACUACAAAAGGAUUCACUGUAGGAUUAUUUGAUCCUUUUUGAUAUAGGUCUUCCAUGGAUCUGAUAAUGAUAUUCUGUGGCUUCAGAGGGACUUCCAUAUUUAUGUUAUCAAUCUGUUUGAUACAGCAAAGGUGAGUUUGGACUAUGCAUGGUUAAGUGUGAAACCCAGCUGGCCUUGUGCGUUGGGUUUCCCCUAGUAUUCUCCAGCUAUUCCAUUUGUGUUAGAUGGGUGGGUGGAUGGGUUUUUUUUGGAGGGAGAAGGGGGGUGGUGUUUUUUUCAGCCUACACGUGUCAUCACCAAAAAUAGAAGAGAAACCCCUGGGGUUUAUGAUGCAGGGAUGAUACGUUUCCUUUUGUCUUCCUCUUUUUCCACGGUUUGCUGCUAGUGUGUCUUCUGUCAUUAUUAGCGUUAUUAUUGGAUUUACAUCUGAACGACCUUGUUACUUCCCUUGAAACUGAGGGGAAAUGAACAGAAAUUUAUAAUAAGAAAGGGUUGAAUCUCUUGGUCAAAGGAAAAUGGGAAAAACCAGAGGAAAAGAAGGUAGUUAACAUUAUACGGUAUUUGAUUAGUAGAAGUCCACUAGGAUUGGUUAAAUCAACAUCUAUUAUAAUCUAGUCGAGCAGUUAGAAAUCCACAUGGAUUGGUCAAUUCAGCCAUCUCCUAGCUUUUUGUUGCUGUUAAAUUAAACAACAAAUUGUCCUUGUUUAUUUCUGCGUUAUUUGAUUUAUUUUGUCAGCAAAGUGUUUCUUUGUUUCUUGACUUCCCCUGAAUCAAGGUGCUGUACUGAAUCAUAGUUCGGGAUAUUUCUAGCAGUUGACUUGCUCACUGUUAUACAUUGUAAAAUGUGCACAUAACCAUGAUGAUUUCAAUUUUUAUGCAUGAUUCAGAAUUUGCAUUCCAUUUCAUUGCACAAGGGACCAUAGAAUUUCUGCUCUUACUAUAGUUGCAAUAAGGUUAACUUGAUCCUGGUUGAUUUUUAAAUCUUGGCUUGCGUGAAGGACAAUUCUCUGCAUAAUGCAUGAAAAACAAUCUCAUGAUUUCCGUCUAGAGGCAAAAUGCCAUGUGCUCUGUUGUGACGGAAAUGCUCAUGAUGAUCCUUACUGCUUUAGGUGGUUUCAUAUUCUGUAAUGAGAGAGGGAAAUGAGUCAUCAGUUGAUCUUUUUUUUAUCAUCUUUACAGGAUGCCUACUCAAGCUUUUAACGUUCAUUUCUGAGCUGAGAGCUCUAUAUUAAGUUCUUCCUCUUUACUGUGACUUUAGUUUUGCCACUAAUAUUUUUGAGCUUGUUGGAACUUGGUAUGGAACUAAGGCGAAUUGCUAUCAACAUUCAUUCAUGUGUAUUCUUAAGGUAACCAAUUAACAACUUAUGUAUGUAGAUCUUAUGUGCAUGAUAAUGGUGGGCAUCAUGAUAAGGAGUGCAGUAGUACUUUUCUGGAAUACUUUACGUUUCACUUCAAGUGAGAUUAAUGGAGGAUUUAACGGGGUAGAUAAUCCUGCGAUGGUUGCCUUUUUUUAAUAAGGAUCAUUUGAGUAUUCUUGUGCACAUUUAAUAUUGAGUCAUUUCUAAGUUGCCCACAUAUUGCAUGGAAUUUGUGUGCCAGUCACACUGUACUUUCAUGCUGCGGAAAAUUAUAAUGCUACUAGAAACUUGGGGCAAAAUUCUGUCUAUUUUGUCAGUAUCUUUUUCUUUUGAGACAGAAUUUUGGCACCUGUUUUGGACAUCUUUUAUUAAUCUAUGAAUAGGGAUAUGCUUAACUGCAUGAACGUCUUUGACCACAUUUUAUAUAAGGUCAAAACAGUUGAGAAACUUAGCAGGUUAUUUAAGCAAACGUGUUCUUCGUUUGAGGAAAUGUUUUUGAAAUUUGGUUUUUGGUUAAUAAUUUAACUGUUGUGUGGACAUAAAAUAUAAGUUGGCAUGGAAAACCAGGUUUUUGUGCAUAGUUGUUUCUACAUGAGACAGAGGUGGAGAAUACUAUGUGAAAGAAGUAUAAUUAAGGGUCAGGUUGUUUGUCAGUUUCCUAAUUUGGUUGCGUAUCCUAUAAAUCAUGGGAUUCAACCUAGACAGUUUUUCUUUUUUGAGGCCAGGGUAAUUGUGUAUAACCAGACGUUUUUCUAUGAAUUGAUAUGACAGAAACUUUUCCCCAUCGUUUAUUCUUGUUUGGUUUGCGUCAAUAUAAUUGUUCACUAAAGAUGAGUACGUAAACAGUUCAAAAACUGAAUACGCUUCUGUUUUCGGAUGUUUCAAAGCUAACCUAACUUUGAGUGAUGCUUCUGGGCGUCAUGAAGUUGAGCUAAAGAACAAUCAGGGUAUGGCUUUGAAGAUUGAUCAGCGUCACACAAUUUCAGUGUGCCCCUCCCCUUCUAGGGGUGAAAGACGACCUCUUAUGUGGUCAGAACCAGUUGAGGCAGACUCUGAAACUCUGGAACAUCUGGGUUACUCUCUGGAUUUAGAAGUUUUCAAAUUUAUAGCUAGGUUAUAGUAUCAUUUAAAUCAUCAUUACUUUAUUGGUUGUCGCAUACAUUGUAAAUUAAGCAUGCUCGAUAAAAUUUCUCUGCAAGUAGAGAAGAAUGGAUGACAACAUAUUCGGUGAGAAAUAUUCUUGUGAUUCAACAUUUUGGUUGUCUGGAGGCUAUCGUAGAAAUUUUACGGCACACUUCAACAUUUGCUCGAUGUUCUUGUUUUGAAUAGUUUGUUCUCUACUAUAUAGGCAUGUCUGGUGCUAUCAAAGCCUCAAAAAUCACUGGCAUAUUUGCUGGAGAAUUACUGCGGUGUGCACACUGACAAAACUCUCCAGGUUGGUUUUUUGUAUUGUUCACGCCAAUUAUUAUCAGAAUUAAAAAAUCAUGUUCCGAUGAAUCAAAAAAAUGAUAUUGUUGUUUCCUAAAAUUAGUGUUUUUUUUGGCCUCCCUUUUAUCAUAUAUUCUGAUACAGCAUGACAACCAGUGUUGUACCCUUUUCUGUCUAUAUAAUUAUGACUUUACUCCUGAAAAUUCUUUAGACAUGUCCCUUUUAACAUUCUAAUAUUUCAAAAGUAUGCAAUUUCUGGUUCUAAAUCGUAAUAUUCUGUUAUGAUCCCAUUACUAACAUAUAGAAGGCAUAAGAGGGGGACACUUGCACAGCACGUGUGAGGACUAUAAAUAAACCUUGGAGGAAUAUAUUAAGGGGAGAACGAUUCGGAACUAGGAGAGGCAGGGGAAUCCUCUGGAAUUCAUUCCCCACCCUUUUACUCUUCUUUCCCUCUUUCUUUUCUUGUACUUCGAUAGAACUGUCAUCAUGACAUUCUAUCUCUACAACAUUGCCCCGAGUUUGAGCAUCAAUACAAUUGUUCUCUCCUAAUUCACUCAGAUCCGAUCCUUCCAAAGGCGAUUGUAUCAUAGUCCUUGUAGUUUGCUUGGUCCAACCAGUUGAUUGACGGUAUAAGUUACAAGUAUCCUCAUUAUCCACGUUGAGAUUUUUAUAUAUUUUUUAUUGUGCAGUUCUCAUUGGAUCUGUGUAUAAGGGGAAAAAUAACUUUAGUUCCUGCUAGCCUUUUGAGUCAUUAUAUGUUAUAAGAAUAUUUUGUUUGCUUAUUUGUUGCGUGAACUUUUCAGCGAGAAGACUGGAGAAUGCGGCCUUUGUCUCUUGGGAUGGUUCAGUAUGCACGAACUGAUGCUCACUACCUGCUGUACAUUGCCGAUUGUUUAGUUCAAGAGCUCAAAACAAUAAGUCACGGUAUGGGACCUGUCCUAGUCCAGUGUGAAUUUUACAUUAAUUAUUUGUAUGAUUAAUGAUGGUUUGAUGCUCUUCCCUGCAGAAGAAAAUCAGAACUUCCUUUUUAUACAUAAUGCAUUUAAUACUAACAUUGAUAGACUCUAUACACCUGGGGUUUCCGAAGCAUAUAUUAUGAGCCUCUUUUGAUUAGCCCAAAAGUUACAUGAAUGUGCAGAAAACAGUGCUUGUUCGGUAAUCCGAAAUAUUGCCUUUUCUAAGUCAUUGCUUCUCUUAUGAGUGUGAUGAUUCUGGUGUGGAGAAUCUCACAUGAGAGAUUAUUAUCCACGUUUGAUUGCUCUCCCAUUUCAUGCAUGAUGGGACGCUUUUAUGGCUUAUAUUGAGAGAAGUUAUUGGACCACAAUUUGUUGGGUGUUCAUGCUUCAAUGGGGAUAUGGAAAUUCCAACUUCUUUAAAUUGGUAUGGGAUGAUAUCUCCCUGAAGUCGUGCAGGUAGCUCUGAAGCUUUUGAAGUCCACGAUGGCUGCUUGAGGUUGAUCACAAGGCAUUGUGGCUUAUAUUAAGUUCAACAUUUUGAGCUAUUUGAAAUGAGACGCAAAGUCGUAGGUUUCGAGGGCAGAGAUAGUCAUUAGAACUGGUGAUAUUGUCAUAUGUGAUAGAGUCGGAGAGUGAGCUGCAACGUUUGUCAGUAGGAAAGAUAGUACUCAUUUGAUUUGAAAGGGCAGGAGGCUUAUAAUUGUUGCCAUCAUCAUGGUGUAAACCAUGGUUAUGUGUAUGAGGGCUUCAUUGAGAGCAUAUUGUAACAUUUUGUACAUUCUAUUUUCUUCUGAAGGGUACAUGCAUAUGUGACCUCUGUCUGUCUCUGUCUCUCUCUUUCUCUCUACUUAUCUAUCUCUAUCUCUAUCUCUCUCUCGCUCUCACCCUAUCAGUUACAUCCAAUUACGACACCUCCUUGCCCUAAGUAAAAUCCACAGCUCCUGCCUCCCUUUCCAAGUUACCUCUGAUUUUCUCCAACUUUUUUUUUCAGUGUUGAACAUUUUUGAGUGGGAAGGAAGAUAGUGGCAUGCGUUUGUGAUAGUUUACUGCAUAUUGUCAUUGUCCACUCUAUUUUCGAGAAAAUGGUUAAAUAUCAUAUAUGCAUUAAUGUUUUUUUUAAAAAAAAAAGAGGUAACUAUACGAGAUCUGUAGUCCCACCCGUAGGUGAUGAAGAUUGGACCGUUCAGACGAAACACUCAACUCUCCCAAAAUCAAGCUGUGAUUCAUCAGUACUAAAGUCUGUAGCCUAAUCUUUCAUUCUUCUGAAAAUAAUAGUGGCUGGAUGCUCUUCCUUCUAGAUAUUUAUUUGUUCCUUUUUGUUCCAGGUUGCCUUAAAUGCAGGACAAACUGCCAUUCCUUGUGAUUCUCUUUGAAUACCCAUUAUUGAUGCCAACAUGUAUAUAAUUUCUCUAUUAACUUGGGGAAUAAUAUUGAAUACCUGAUUUUGUGGGUUGUUUCUGCCAAUCUGUAAUAAGGUUGGGCAUUCUAGGAACAAACUUUCCUUAAAUUCCUCCUUUUUGACUCGUAAUUUAGAAGUGGUUCAAAUAUUACAAAUGACAAGAGUCAGGUGGUCAUGAAAGGGGCUCUCCUUUGUGAAACUCUCCACAACAUAGCCUAAUAUUUCUUUUGGGUGUGUUGAGAAAAAAGACACAGAGAACACAAACAUGGAGGAUAAACUUCCUCUGUCUCGGAGGACAGGGGACGAAUGGAGGAAACUGCCUCACUUCUUUAUUUUCCUUUAACGUCCCUUAAAUAAGGACGAACCCUACAUGCACUUUCUCAUAAUACCCUUAGUCCUUUACAAUACCGUCCUUAGACCUUCUAGCAAGGUCAUAGGAACCCAAGCUAAGAAGAAGCUCAUAAUAUUUGUGAUGCCGGACAGUCCAUCCAUGUGACUGAUUUUCAUAAGAAUCAGCAAAUUUCAAUUUAAAUGAAGGUUAGCUAACUAAGUAAAUAUCCUCGAGUAGUCGCUGUAAGGUUAUGGCUGGAUUUAGGGUCUCUCAGAGUGCCUUACUUUUGAAACUGGACUUAGAUCGUAGUAAGCAUGGAAGCUUCCUCUGACUAGGGUCGUUGUUUUUGAUGUGUAAGGGUGGGCUAGAAUAGGGAAUUAGUAGGUAGGCCCAGUGGGGCCUUAGAGACAAGUAUAACCAAUAAUAAAAACUGUUUGAUAGCAAAAAGCAAAGGCAGAUCGCCUGCAUGGAGUUUGAAGCAGGUGAACCCGUGGACAGAGACUUGUAGCUGACGAUUUUGGCGCAAGCAGUCUACCAAUUCUCCUCUCGGAGUUGUAGAGAUCCUACACAACCUAAAAUGCUAGGGAUCAAGUAAGGAAGAACUAAUCCUCAACCUUCACGCUUUAGGGUCUAGUUUUGACACCAGAGAAAGACCUUCACUAGCCUCUGAGAGAAAGAAUUAGGACCAUCAAGUUCGUUCAAAAGUUUUUUUUCAGACAUCAGGUUCCGGCUCCUAGUUAUAAGAGCAACAUGAGAUAUUUGAAGGGGCGCUUUUAGAUUCAAGCCUAGAAAUCCUGACAACUUCCAUAACUAAUGGGCUGGAAUCUGUUUUUUAAUGGUGAAAACUGUUGGGAUACCCUAGAGAUGCAGUAUUUUACCUGUUAGGAAGAGAGUGGUCGUUGUAGAAAGUCGUAACAUCAAAGAGAAGAUGAACAUCAAAUAGUCUCUAGUAAUUAUUUUUAGAGUCAUUUGUCAUAAAACAAUUUAUUUUUACGCCAAUUCAGUCCUCUGUCAUUGUUAGGAAACGUUAACUGAUUAUUAACACUCCCCUGUUAAGAGUUUUUUAAUCUCAAUCUUGAUCCCCGUUCUUGUUCAUAGAAGUCAUGAGUUCUUCCCUUGAAACAUGUGAUUCUGUUCUUGACUGGUUAUUGACAAUUUAUUUUCUGCUUACUAAUCCUAGCUUAAAACAGGUCGGUCUUACUUGUUUCAAACGCAUGAGACUGAUUCAAUUUUUUAGAAUCGUGAUUUAAGCAUGAUUGGUGCCUGCUCCCCAAAGGUCUGUGUGAAACAUUCUACUCUCAUUCAUCUCUGACAGACUUAUAUAGACAUGCAUCUUCUACAUUUAGAAAGCUCCUAUACACAUUUUUCUUUGCACGUCUACUCACAAGCUGUAACAUCGUUUAUGAAUUAAUCUGAUCUUUCAUCCUUAAACACAGGUUUUCCAUGCACUGCGCUCGUUCUUUUCUCCAUCUUUCUUAAAACAGGUUCACUAGUGUGAUAAAUGGCUUCACGCACCUCCAUCCUAGUUGAAUCAAGGAGUUGGGCUGUUAGUGUAAAAGCUCCUGAACAGUACCUGUGCAUGGAAGUGAUUUUUAUCUUUAGUGAAUCUAGACAUCCUAAAAAGUUAUGUCAUGUGCAGAAACCUUCUUAUUUUGCAACUAUUUUUACAUACAAUAAUCAUUUUGGUUUUUUAUCACGUAAGAAGGAUUAGGCUUAUACUGGCAAAAUCCCCUUGGCUGGCCAUGGAUUAUCUAUGGUUUAUCUACCCAAUUAUCUUUCUUUCAAGGGGCUCUAUGUAGUUAUGAAUUCAGCUCUGCCUCUUAUCAUGCCAUCUUUAAACUUCUGAGAAUUUCCAUUUCACUUCUCAACUUGUGUAGAUGACGAAUCAGACCUUGUCCGGGAGGCUACCUGUCGUUCUAACAGUGCAUGCUUGCAACUUUAUUCAAAAGACACCGAACCUUCUGGCAUGGAGUCCACAGCUGCAUCUAUAUUGUCACGGUAUUCUAAUCUUUACGAAUGUAAUUCAAGGAAGAGUCAUGAAGCUAGGGUAAGAGUGUUUUUGUUGUUCUAUUAUAUUCUGCUCAUUUAUUGAUAAUAGUUAUUAUUUACAACUGUCAGGAACUGGUAAGGCGACUGUGCAUAUGGAGAGACUUGAUGGUCAGUUACGCAACUAUAUGGACCCUUUUAUUCAAAUGGCUUAUUUCUUAGGAUUUUGGACCCGUUACUGGUCUAUCUAUAGUUUAAAUGUUUCUCUGGCUGGUGCUUUAAGAUCAUUUUUGUGUGUCAUGUUUUGGAGUUUUAAACUCAUCCUAGACUCAAUGCAUAAUUUCCCUUGGUAGCUUUCUUUCAAGUUCUUGGUUAUAAGAGUUAUCCAUUUUCAUUGUUGAAUGAGUUAUGUAUGUGUUCUGUGAAAUUGUGCAGAGAAAGGUGGACUUGCUUGCCUGAAUGAAGGGCAUCAUAGUUUGAUUGAGAUGCAAUGCUCAUAUCUGGUAUAUUCCUGGUUAAUGCUUAUUUGAUACACGUGGGAAUCUCUGGCAGGAAGUAAAUGAGUAAAAUAUUAGUGUGGUGUAACCUCUUCAAACAUUAUUGAAACGUAUAAAUGAUUGAACGAAGUAAAUAGAACAGUUAGCAGUAGUCGCAUACAUAUUUAUCUAGGGUUGGAAUUAAUGGGAUGAAUAGUAAAUUCAUGAUUUAGUGGAAAGAGAAGGAAUGUUUAAGCUCAAAUGCAAAAGGAACCAGAGGGUCAUGUAUGCUGAAUAAUAAUGUGCAUAGUUAUGAUUUACCUCAGAAAUUUGUUAAUUUAGAUCUGAAAGUCAGUAGGAAUUUAGGGUUCUGGAUCAGAAAAGGUUUAAAUCACUAUGCAAAUGUGGGCGGCAUAUAAGGUGGUGCAAGCAUCAAACAGAAGAGAAUAGGACAUGGUUUCAAAGUUACAGACACUUCUGUAUUGCUUUGACAAUGAGGUGAUGGAGAUGGCGUGGGCUCCAUCACUUGUGCCGGUACCAUGGUUGCCAGAACCAGAUCAGGUGGCUGUAUUGUCCAGUUCUAAUCCAAUCUCUAUUGGGCUUGAGUUUACAGUCUCAAACUGUUUAGGAAUCAAGUUAUCCGUCCAGAAUCAUCUGACUCUUGUAUGAUCACUGUUCAAAUCAUCUGUCAUGGCACAACUUGAAGGGUGCAUUAUUUAUAUUCUGUUGUGCACUCUUCUCUCAGAUUCCUCUAUCAGUUGGACAUACAACCUUAUACUCUUUCUCUUUUUAUUUAGGAUUUUCUUCAGCCCUAUGAUAGAAAGGCAAAAGAAGCCUGCUGUAGCUAGAAUAAUCCCCAAGAGAAGAUGUGCUUGCUUACUGAGAAUAUUUGCAUUUUUUUUUCUUAUCUUUCCUAGAAGGCCAGGUUUUCCAUCUUGAAGCCAGAAUUGGGGCUCUGAUUUGAGAUGGGAUUGGGUUCUCCACUGACAAGAAUUUCUUUGAUGAAAAAAUGGAGAAUAAAUUGAGGCGACAUAUACCUGUUGUAUACAGAGGCACUGAAGAUGUUGAUGAUGAAGCCAGUCAAAGAAAAUAGCAUAGACACAUUCACAGUAGUACUAACCUAGUUAAUUGCAAGUACUCAACCUAGCGAUGGCAAACUUCAGCAUUGGUCCAUAUAUCUCUUUCUGCACUGAUCACCUGAAACAAGAUCCAGAAGAAUCUUUUCUAAUUUAAUUGGCCUGCACCCCAGAACAUAUUUUCUUGAGUGGGUAAUUCUGUCAAAUUAAAGUUUUUUAUCAUCUUACCUGUCCCUCUUCAUGAUAUGCGUAUGAAUACCUUUGGUAUUGGCUGUGAAGAUGUUGAAAAGUUAUGGCAGCUUACGUGGCUGUAACAACAGAAAAUAAACAUCUAGAUGUUGACAAGCAUGGAAGCUUGAUGGUACCAAUCUUUCAAUAUCUAGUCGUUACACAUACUUAUACCGUACGCUGCUGCUAGAAAGGGAUUGCGGUUUCUAUUAGAUGUUUUGCAUGCUCUCCCUGUUCAAAUGCCUUUAAAGAUUCAACGCUUGAUUUCUCCUUGUCCUUAAGAAGACUUGUUUGCAUGUUCAAAGUAAUCUUUUUGUGUUAAGUGUCAUCCCAUUUCAUACCAUGCACUGUUGCAGAGCCGUGGGAUAUAAACAUGCCGAUCCACGUUGAAGAUCAAGUUCUGACGUGUUGCACUAAAAAGGAUGAUCAUAGCAUAAAAUAGACUAUCAGUGCCUAACUUAGAACCAUAAAAAGGCACAUCAUUCUUGUCAAGGGACUUUUAGAACUAUUUAUUGUGAGUGGUACAGUAGGAAAAUAUACUAAUACAAGGCUGUAUUUUAUUUAAAUUUUAUUAAUUCAUAAUUUUGUCGUAGUUGUAGACAGUCAAAUGUUAUCAUAACAGAUCACAGUGUUCUUCUAUACGUGGGAUGCAAAAGUCAUGGGAGGUUUACUGACGAGAGUAGACUGAUUGUGUACCUCCAAUAGUUAUGUUAGCAAACCUGGUCACAAUAAUCAGUUGAUUACCAUCUGAUUCAGCCAAUUUGGAUAAUAUGGCUCUCAUCAUUACUGUUCAUGGGGUGGGCUUCUGAUCUUCAUUUCUUUUUGCAUACAAGCGUUGACCACGUAACAACGAUCUGUUGAUUCUUCGCCAAAUUGUGAUCCCAAUUCGGACUGAAUUAGACACAGGUGAUAUGAUUUGCAGACUGUCCACUUGAGUCCUCGAAUGAAUGUUAUCACGGCCUUUCUCCUAAUCAAUCCUCUUUUAACUUGCUUGGUUUGCAUAUUGAUCUUCUUGUAUCCAAUGGUAUAAUACAGACUAUGUUUAAGUUUUGAAUAGACGACUUUGAAUUCUGAUAUUUUUUAGCCACUUGAAGUUCCUGGUGUAGUGUUUAUACUUCCAUUUAGCUAUAUUUUCUUUCUUGUUGCACUGUGGACGGCUGAGGAGAGGUUCCAAAUAAUUUAGAAAUUAACAUAUCCUAUACUUAUUCAAAUGUAUGAUGCUUUUAAGAAUAUCAUUUGAACUCUUCUAUUAUUGUUGAUAAUUAUCCCGAACUGAUUGAGAUUGAAGGUUUCCAUGCAUUGAUUUUGAUUGAGAAGUUCAAAUAUAAUUUAAAAUAACAAUAUUUGAUCGGCUUUAGUUAUUCGCUUUUCAAUAUUUUACCUUGACAUCUCUUUGUCCAUGUUCUUUCCCCGUGAUGCUACCUUGCUGUUAUUUUUACCUAUCUUCAGGCUCGGAUUCAUGAUGAAAGCAUUAAAUAUGUAUUAUCAGAUCAAGCAAUUUUCUAUCUUGGGAUUAAUGCUCCUCAGACAGAAGAAGAAAUCUGUGACCUAAUUAUUAUCGCUGGUUCAAGUAUUAAUUCAGCUGAUGUGUCUCCAAUCCUAAAGUCUCCAUCCCACGUUGUUAAGACCCAUAUGAAGGAACUUUGUGUUCUUAUUCAAGGACUAUCUCAGAGUCCAGAGGAUAUUUUCAGAAGAAUUCUUCAAAUGCAUCUCAAUCCAAACGGUCAUUGUCCCAUAUCCAUAUAUAAUUAUGCUCUUCUAUUGGAGUUAAAAGUGUCAAGUGCACUUUUUCAGAAGCAAUGCGGAGGGAACCCUGUUGCAUUGGUUGGUCGCAAGGCUUCCCGUGAGCUUUUUGUUCAGAAAUUCUCGUGCAAAGCUCCUGUUUACCACAACUGUAGGAUUUUUGCUAGCGAUGGCCGACUUCUCUGUUACUCUGAUCAUAGAAAGCUUGAAUGGUCAGUCCGUUCUAAAUUGAUUUUGCAUUUAUGAAACCGAACCUGUGUUACUGAAACUCUUUUUCUUAGUCAAGCCGUCUAAUACAAUAUGCAAUGCCAGGUACCUUCGCAGGGGUCUGGCUAAGAUUAUUGAGAACGAUCCUCUUGCUAUAAUGCUUCUUUUUGAACCCAAAGGCAGGCCUGAAGAUGAAGACAAUGUGUUCUACAUCCAAAGUAAGAAGAACAUGUGUGUUGGCUGUGGUGAAAAGAAUCACUAUCUACGUUAUCGCAUCAUACCAUCGUGCUACAGAGUGCACUUCCCUGAGCGUUUGAAAAGCCAUCGGUCUCAUGAUAUUGUCCUUCUCUGCGUGGAUUGUCAUGAAAUCGCCCAUGCUGCUGCUGAAAAAUAUAAAAGACAGGUUGCGUCCGAGUUUAAAGUUCCACUCUUUGUACGGAAAGUAAUUGGGUCAGGAGAAAAUGAAAGCUUAACUGUAGCAUCAGGGCUAGAGGAGGUAGGUGUGUCUCCUUUGCAGUUACGGACAGCAGCCAUGGCUCUAGUUCGCCAUGGGCCAAAAAUGCCUGCAGAUCGACGAGAGGAGCUUUUGAAGGUAAAAGACUGUCAUUUUGAACAGUUUCUUUCAAUAAUUUAGCUACAUCCACAUUGCAUUUUUUGCCUAAAUGUCUUCUAAUUAGAGACAUUAUCAGCCCAAACUUUUGAUGACAUGGUGACACAUAUUGCUCAUUCCCUCUUUUUUGUAUUGAUCUGUCAACCAGAAGUUAACUUUUUGAAAGUUUUGUAUCAACUCACGGAGACAUCUAUCCUGACCAUCAGAAAGUCUAUUAGAAUAGGCCCAUUUUCUUGUUAUUAUGCUGGUGGCUUACAAUAUGGGCCCCUAGGCCCUUAUUAUAUCUAAUGCGUGUUGCUCCUCUCUCCUCUCUCAUCUCUCUACGUAUACAUAAAAGAGGAGGGUGGCCACGUUUGUAACUCUAGGUUUUUAUCCUUCUAUUUUCUAACGCUGUCAAUUUUCACAAAUGUACUCAAAUGUGUAAACGCGAGAAAAUAGCUAUCGGUUCAGUCACUUGCAGGGAUGUUUUCUAGCUUUGCCCAGCCUGGAUGGGCUUGGAUCGGCCAGCCAAACUGGCUAGACACAUUUGGAUAAAGGGCUCCGAGGGGUGGAUCUCCUCUAGGAUUCAUUUGUCGUCAUAGUUGUAUUGCACAUCUCAUGAUUACCUAAAGAUCUUGUUUCCUUUAAAGUUUUAAGGCUUCUCAGUCUAGAUGCAAUGAACAUUUUCAAAUUUAUACAUAUAUACAUUUAUACAUUUUCAAAUUUUCAUGAACAUUGAAGGAUUUUUAUAUCAGAUUCGUUACCCUCAUUCGCAUGUAGAAUUAAUUUCCUCUUAAAUCUUCUCUUUAAAAUUCGAUCUAAGUCUAAUUUAUAAUCACUUCUUAGAUUUUCUAAAGAUUAAGAGAACCCCAUUUUGGAUAGUCUGUACUUCUUAUUCCGAGCACCAGGAUCUCUAGGCUCGGCUUUAGGUUUGGUUAGGUUCGGCCCAGGCCCGUCCAAUUGACAUUCUCAAACAAUGUGGCCAAAUAUGCGCACUUGUGAAAUUAAUUUCUGGGCCUUUGCGCCGGGACCAUUUCAGGCAAUUCUGUUCGUGCCCAUCGUUCCAUUCGGCGUAGUCCAGCUGGGAACUUUGGAAAUGGUGCGUCUUUUUUUUUUUUCCAUCUCUUCGUUGCAAUUAUAAUGUAGUCCCUAAACUGGAAGAAUCCAAGCAUUUAUUCCAUAGGCAAGCAUGAUGAUUUCUUUUGAUUUGAAAUUGGGGGCUGCGUGAGACACAGGGUAGGGAGGCAGACUGGCGUCUACUGCCACUUGUGCCACCUCCACCAUAGCAAUGCCACCUUUCUCUCAUCCUUUCCUCUUUUGCUUCCUCUUGUGUCACUGUAGUCAUCAUGUUCUCAGCCACUGAGCUUGAAUUGUCUCCAUCAAGGGGUCAGAAAUAAUGGCCUUGGUUGGGCCUGAUUGUGAUGCGAUGGGCUAAAACUGGUUACUUAUGUAAAAGCAUUUUGUAGGAUUGAUUAUAUUUAUGUUAUUUUAUAUUAUUUACAUGUUAUAUAACAACUUUAAAUUCUACUUUUUAAAAUUUUUAUGGAUCAUAUUUCUCCUGUUUCUUCCAUCUAAUUUCUUUCAAAGCUACCCAACUAGAGUUAUCAGUCCAAAUGAGUUACGUUUUUUUGGUGGAAAAAGAAUUUCGAUUAAUCGCUCUUUAUCUAUCAAUAUCUUUUACACGUUGCGCCAUUUAGUACUUUACUCUGCACGCGACCUUAAAGUCCAUUUUCCUUUCAAUUUCAACGUUAUGAAAAGUCUACCAUCAGCAAAAGCGUCUGCCUCAUUGGAUGCUCUUCUUUGCUGCGUGCAGACGGUGAAAACAUACUUUGGAGGGAGAGAAAUAUCUGAACAAGACCUGGAAACGGUAUUACUUGUUGGUAUGAGCCCUCGAGAAAGAAGACGACUUGAGAAGAAAAGGGGGCUUCCUAUAAAACCCUGCGAGGCUAUGGUGGGUAGUUGUCCAUCUGGUACCAUGGAAUAUUUAAAUUCUCGACAAAAAAAUUAAUUUUUUUUUGCCUAACAUCGCUGUUUAUUUCAUGCCUUCAAAUAUAAGAUUUGACGUACAAAAUAUAUUUCAGUCGUCAGAGUCCUAAUUUUGGGUCCUUAUUUUCUGUCAAUAGAGUUUUUAAUAUAAGUUUUUGCUACACAUUAUUGCUUUAAUGUCUUUAUAUAUAUAUAUAUAUAUUAUCUGUAAUUUUAUUUCUCAACAUUUGGACUUUGAUUUUUUUUUGUCAUUCUGAGGAAAACAAAUGCCAUGUAUAGAAUCAUGGAAUGAAAAACUCACUUCUUCGUGUGCCAAGCAGAAUGCAAUUGAGCAAGAACGAAUCAGUAUUUGCACACCUGAAGAUGUUGAAAGCAACGACCUGCCAGCUAAUGAUGCUGGCAUAGUCGCCUCCUCUGAACUUCAUCAUAUUACUAGUAGUAAACGUUCUAAGAAAGUAUCAUUACUAGGGCAUGGGCCUCAUGGGAAGCAGGUGGUAGAACAUCUAUUGAAGGAGCAGGGUGAUAAUGGCGUUCUUCAGUUUUGCCAGAGAUGGAGACAAGUGUUUGUGGACGCCAUUCGUCCUCGAUUCCUUCCUUCUGGCUGGGAUAUAAUGCACAGGUACAAGUUGACUGGCUUUGUUGAGCUAGCCUUUCCAUAAAAAUGGCGAUUUCCUUUUUCAGUACACAGAUUGUCUCAGAUUUCUUCUCCUUUGAGUGCAAAAAAUGGCAUCAAUUGAAUCUUCCGAUGAACAUCAUAGUGAUGGGUGUUUACGAAUCCCAUGCAUGGAUAAUUGUUUGUUAUUUCUCCUGCUGCCCGUUGUCUACAUUUCAUGAUCGAAUUUAGGGCUAUUUUUAAUGAAAAAUCUUGGGGAAAACUGGUGUCUAUGCUUUACUUCGUUGGUAAUGGAAGAGAUCCUGUUGAGAAUUCCGGGAGGUUUACAUUUUUUUUGAAGGAUCAGUGUUUUUACAACGUCAAAUAUUUAUAUUGUAGUCAGCUAAUCAUGGAUUAAAAUGACAUACUACAAAGGUGAGGAGCCUGGCAGAAACUGUCCAGUCUUGAGUGACAUUGAAUGAUUUUCAUCUGGUUCCCUAUUUUCCAUCAGCUUGAAAGUAGGAUCGUGUUUCCGAUGCAGCCAAUUACGAUUGGACUUGGGUUGACUUUAGUUCCAUGGUUCAGAUAAUAUUCUGCCUUUGCAAUAUGACCCUUGUGUCACAUUUUCUAUUCUCCCUCUCCCUGAAUCCAACCUCCUCAUGAUAGCUUCUCUUCUCCUAAAUCUGACUACUGUCUGAAAACUACCCACUCCAGGAGCUGAGCUUGUUUUCCGUUUUCUCUUCUAUUUAUUUUUAUUUUAUGGCAUUGAAUACUCCUGCCAGAGUUGACCAAGUUCUUCUUUGUAUCGAAAUAUCCAAUGUAGGAUUUAAAUGACAGACAAAUGAUGAAUUUUAUGAAGGAAAUUUCGAUAAUUAUCAAUCUUUAAUUCGGAAUGGUAUCAUUCAUAGCAUGUUUUUUUUUUUGAUGCUGUGGCAUCAUCUUGGCAGGGGUUGGCGGGAGUUUGGUGAGUACAGUGUUUACAGUUCUUCCCACAGAGAUGUUGACACAAUCAAGUAUGAUUCUCAGUCUUCAUAA